CACAAUUUGCGCUUCACCCCAUACCAAGCAUUUCUUUUCGAAACGUGACUAAACUAUGCGUGUUCUUUUGUGCCUCGUCAUCGCUGGAAUCGCCAUGAUUGACAAUACCAAAGCAGAUAUACUCGACAGCCUUUGGAACGACGUUGAAAAGUCUGCAGAUAAUUUCAAGGAAGGAACGAUCCAAAAGGUCGAGGAUGAUACCAAAGACUACGUCGACAACGCACACUCUAAGUAUAAGGAAACUCGUGACGAUGCAAAAGAUCUACUCGACAAUUUCCGGUCGGACGAUGAUUAGUGAAUAGA